AUGGUAGUGAGCUUGCGGCCGCCAAACUGGCAUUGGCGACAUCAUCCAGUAAAUGCGGAUAUCGCGUUUCUGCUACAGCAACGCGUCUGCGAGCUUCUGCUCCUACCUGCCAAAUGGAAGAACCCACUGGUCUCGCCUCAACGAUUUGACGCACAGACCACACUCGCGUCCGAGACGGUCAACAGCGCCCUCGGCGAUCCUCAAGUGUAUGCAUGGCUGUUCGUCAUCGAGACUCCCCUCCCUUACAUCAUCCAUCAAGAUGAUACAGACCCCUACAGGCAUCUGGAGGAGGAGGAACCGUCAUACCUCGAGGCAGAACAGCAUCUGGUGGAGGACGUCUUCCUGGACGACGCUAGUGGUGACGAGGGGCCCCCUGAGGAUGCAAGGUCCGAGGCAUCUGUCAUGACGAUAACCAUGACAUGGGAGACUCCAAUCCAUGUCUCCAUCGAUGACGCUCCCCACUUCCUGCAAGCCACGGCCCCAGUCCUCUCGCAAUCGAUGCGUCAGACAUGA